GCUUCACCCACAGCCACCCUUGCUGCCAGGGAGGAUCCCAGGUCGCUGCUGAGAGCCCUUGGGAGACUGCUCUGCAGACUGCUCCACGUCGGUGUUUUAGGGGGAAGCCACAGCUAAGGAGCCUCUGCAGGAUUUGUUGUCUUCAAACAGUAACUGAAGAGAAAGUUGCAUCUGAGAGCCAUGCUGUCCCUGGGUAUCAGUAAAGGAGGUGUCAUCCCACCCACGGAUGAGGACCGCAGGAGGAUCAUUAAGCAGAUGAAGGUUCGUACCACCCUGAGAGGAGAUAAGAGCUGGAUCCACCACCACAACUCAGACUCUGAGGAUGAGAAGAGCAGCCCACUGUCUGGACGGGCCGGUGGGGGAUCCUCAGCCUCAACACCUGUUGCUCCCCAGAGCGACAGGUCUUCUGCCUCCAAGCCUCAAUCCGGUUACCUCAUCAGAGGGGUGUUCACAAGAACCAUCGAUAAAACCUCUUCUGUACCAGAUUCUUCAUCUUCUAAUGGAGCACAAAAAAGCACUGCCACAAAGGGACACAGCCUGGGCCGUUCCUCCUCUGGCUACAGGAUGACCACUGAGGAUUACAAGAAACUAGCUCCAUACAAUGUCAGACAAAAAUCAGUGGAGCUGGAUGAGGAGGAUGUGCCUUUUACUCCAGAUGAACACAAAAAGAGGACAGAGGCUGCCAACAGCGUCCUGAGGCGCAGUGCCAGCAGGGAACGUGCCUACGUCCUCUCAGCGGCCAAGAAAAGCAACGGAAGCCCAACACAAGACUUUCCACCCUUAUUUGCCAAGAGAAUUGAGAUAGAAGAAGAAGAAGGCCACCAAAAGAGGAGUCCAACUGUGUCUGGUUCAUACAGGUUUACACCAGAUGACAACAGUACUAAUGGGCUAAGAAAAGCCUCUGCUGGGUCUUCCUGGAAUGAGCCAAAACCAACAGCAGUGUCUCCCUCCAGCCCUGAAAUAGGCACAAAGAGCCAAACCACCACAUCCUUGAGUGAAACUUCAGAGAGAAUCUCCACUCCUACUGAAAUCAGAAAUGGUGAAAGCAGACAGGCCCCAAAUGGGAAAUGCUCCUCUGAGCCUGUGUCACAGCAUGGGGACAGUGACAAACCUCUGAAGGAAAAGCCUGAGCAGCUCCCGUGGGAUGAGCUGGCACCCAGAGCAGCUGUGGCCUCCUCAAAUGGAAGUUAUCCUGAAUACACUGAAGCCAACAAUGGAUUUUACCCACCAAAGGAGAGAUCUGCAGAUGCUCCAGACAAGCUGCACCAUCAGUACAAGACUUCUCACUCCCUGGAUGAUGCAAAGCCUGAACCCCCAAGGUCGAGCUUGCACUCUGAUGUCCCUCCUUCCCCUACUGAGAGAGCCCCUGUGCACCUAGAGGACACAGAAUAUUCCUUUAAAGGCUCUGUCCUGGGCUAUGAGGAGAGAAGCAGCACCCAAGGGAGCAGAUACAGGAGCCCCGAGUUGCCAGCAGCCAGCAAACCUGACCGGAACCAAGCAACGUCUUCCCAAGAUUUCAGAGAGGGGAACACCCCUCGGGAGAGGGGCCAUGAGAGCACUUGGGCCUCAGAUGACUAUAAGUCAGAGCUGAUCCAGGAUAGGUCUUUGGACUUGACCAGCCACACUGAGAUGAGACAAGUACCUUCUGACCAUGAUGUCUACCCAGAGCCUCCCAGGCCAAAGGAACACACUGAACUUGAACCCAGCCUGACUAGGUGCAGCUCUUUGCCCAGAGAGAACAGUGUGGCUGCUCCAGAGACCCAGCAUGAAUCUGCCCCCAGCCAGGGGAGGAUCACUUCAGCUUACGAAGAACAAACCCACCUCAGCACAGGCAGUCACCACGAGAGCCCAGGAGACUGGAGGCACAAUGAGCCUAGCCCAGUGGCAGCCAGCAGGUCUAACUUCAGCUCAAAAGAGAGUGCUUUGGGUGUACAUGAGACCCAGCAUCCCCUGCCACUGCACAUGGACCACCAGCCUUUUCACACUGGCAUGUCAGCACCCAGCCACAGGAUACCAUCCUAUGUAGACAGCCAAGCAUUCAUCACCAGGAGACCUACCCCAGAUUAUGAAGGGAGAGUUUAUGAUGGGAGCAGCAGCCCUAGGAACAGCAGAUACGACAGCCCCGGUGCCUGGGCCCACGGUGACUUUAACCCCGCAGCUGGACGCCACGACUCCCUUCUCAGAGAUACCACCAUGUCCAUUUCCCAGAGAAGCCACAGGGUGCCAUUCUACAUGGACAGCUUAAACUAUAACAGCACCAGACUUCUCCCGAGUUCGAAUGAGAGGAUCUGCAGUCCAGCUGCCACCUUACCCCACAGCAGCUCAACAGCCCCUGGCUACCAGCCCGAGACCAGCACUGCCGGAAAAGGGGUCCUCUUUGUGAAGGAGUACGUGAACAGCAGUGAGCUAUCAGGCUCCCCACGCUAUGGCAGCCUUGUGGAUUUGACUAAUUUGGAGAGAGCACCCUACAGCCACCACAGCUACCUGUCCAGCACUCCCCUGCAGAGGUCCAGUGAACCUGUUUGCAGUUACUGCAGCCGUGAGAUCCGAGACUGCCCUAAGAUCAUAGUAGAGCAUCUUAACAUCUGCUGCCAUGAAUAUUGUUUCAGGUGUGGAAUAUGCCACAAAGCAAUGGGAGAACUUCUGGAUAAAAUAUUCAUCCACCGGGACAUUGUCCACUGUGACAAGUGCUACGAGAAGCUCUUCUAGGGUUUUGCAAAGCUGGAGAAGGCAGCCAGUGGAAAGUCCUCAGCAGCAUGUACCAGAAUAUAUCCAGCAAUUCCUGACUGGCUAAGAUAGCAGAAUUCCUGCUCCCCCUCUUUCCUCAAGUUAUUUUCUCUCUUACUGCCUCAUCACAAUGAAUGAGUUUAGCUAGUUUAUGCUGUCAGCUGCACAGGAGACAAGUGCCAAUGGUAACGAGAUAAGGCAGCAUCAUCUACAAAGAUAAGUGGGCUGAUUUUCCAAAGGUGCUGAGCCCUUCCACCUGUCUUUAACUUCAUUAAGAUUCCAGAGUGCUCCCUGAGUUGGAAAUCAGGCAGAGCUCCUUAAGUGUAUCUUAGCUCAUUGCAAGAAACCUUUUCUGCUGUGUUUUUCUUUCCCUUUCUUCCCUGCAGCCAGGCUGCAGCCCGGUGUGUUCGAGCUGGCACACAGCAAGCACACACAAGUGUUAAACACUAAAUUUAGGUUCUUAGGGAGGGUUGGAAAUUAAUUCUUUGCAAAAAAAAAAAGCCUAUUUCUGCUUUUCUCACCCUCAAAUUCUGCCUAGAAAUAGCUCCUGCCUGAUUUCCAUUUGCUUUCCAUGGGCUUUCAGGAGGCACUUGCAGACUCACUUUACUCUAAUCGUGUGUCAGCUUUAAUUUCCCUUUCCUGCCUACUCCCUGGUGAGUUGCUGCAGCAAGAGCACUUGUGUCUGCUCUCUGCUUGGGGAGAUAACACUCUCUUUCACCUGGUAGUUCUACUUGGCCUCUGAUGGCAUAGAACAAACUUGGCCAUACAAACUGUGCCACAGGAGAGGCGUCUCCAUGCCUGACACCCAAAUGUCCCCCACCUCUGCUGUGAUGCUGUACGUCACUGACAUCACAAAUGCUCACUCACAAAGCUGCACUCCUAGCAGAUGCUAUACUUCCCAAGAGUCAGAAUCACAGCAUUUUAGCCCUUUAAUUCAGAUGCAGAGAAAGCUGAAUACCAAAACCUGAAAGUCAGCCUCGUGCCUUCGAAGUGCAGCUCCGUGUGUGGUGCAGGAGUGGCUGUAUCCCCUUGGAAAGCAUCAGAAAUGGGGCAAAGCACCUUCUAAAGGGGUUCAGUGGUGGCUCUCACAUGGCCAAAGCUGUAACACAGACUGUGGUUAGAUGACCCUGUGUGCUUAGUGAUGGAAGCUGGCAGGCAUGUGCAGAAGCUUAGUGGGUUAGUGUUUUGCAGCACAAGUGUUACUUUAGCUUUUUUUAGGCUGCUGUACCAGCUAUUAACCAAACUCUGGGCAUGACCUCAGAAACAGCUCCAUGAGGGGAGCUGCAGUUGAACACAAAGACAGCUCUGCUCUGGCAGGCUUCAGGCACAGCCCCUAUGCUGUGGCUGCCACUCACUUUGAGUGUGAGUGGUACAACCAGGCACCAACCACCCCCUGACAACCUGGAGUCCUGAAGGUGGGAUCUGCUAAAAAGGACAACUGAAUUUGGAUGCCUUCAUUUCUAAGUUACCACAAUGUUCCUUUCUGAACAGAAGAAGGUCACAAAGCAUCUCAUCUCCUCAAACUAGUCAGAAAACCAGGGCCAGCAGUUCCUGAUUGAUACUGGGACCAGUGGUAGGGAAUGACUGGUACAGCAGCUGUUACACAUCUCAUUCUGCCUCAGCUGAAGGGAGUUUGUUUAAAACACUGGAACAGGAGGGCCUGUAGCUACAGAAGCACUUUGAGAAGAUGACCUGGUUCCAGAGUCCCUGGCAGGUACAUGGCCUUACAAGAGCUGGAUUUGGCCAUAGCAUGUUUUGCACCGCCUGCUCCGCACUGCAUGUCCCUGUAGCUUUGUUUCACCUCAGUGUACAGCUCUAAUAAACACUCCCAAGCUCA